AUGUCAUCUUCAGCAGGACGUAGGACGAAGCCAGCUCAUGUCCUUGACUUCUUUCACGACAAAAACGAUGACUCUGCAUUGACAGUUCUCGCCAAUGGAGUACGAUUCCAUGCCUUUGUCGACUUCAAGAGGAUGAGGAAUGCUGCAGAGGCAAACGACAGAGCUGUAGAGGAAUACUCGAAACUCGUCAAGAUGGUAAAAAAUGGCGUACACCAAGAGCAGCCGAAAGAACCCCGUCACGCAUCACAGAAACCCGAGGCAGGCCAUGGAGAUGAAGCAUUAUACUGUGUAUGUCGUGGACCUGACCGAGGUUUCAUGAUUGGCUGCGACAGCUGUGACGAAUGGUUCCAUGGCGACUGCGUGGGUGUUUCCCAUGAAGAAGGAGCUUCACUUGAUGAGUACACAUGCCCAGAGUGUCAAAAGGGUGUCAGGAGUCCUACUGGAGACAGUGGCGUUGUGCUCGAAGACAACGAUAAAGCUGAGAACGAUUCAGAAGAGAAACUUCAGGCCUGGAUACUCUCGCACUUGGAAGCCGAGAUCGACAAGUAUGCCCCAUCAAGGGGUGAGAUGCAAACGAUCAACGUACACGAUUGGUACCAUCCUUCAACACACUUCUACGCCCUUCAAUACAAAGAUGGAAAGAUCAUACCAAAAGAGUUGGAAGAAACACCUGCCCUUCGAUUCAAGAUGAACAACCUCCUGCCAACCGUCACAUUACCAAAAUACAUCUUGAACCUCGACAUUCCUCGAUUCCAAGCGUCAGACUUGGAAAUCGUUGAAAACGUCGGUCCCUUACCUACCCUAGUCCGCCACAACGAUAAUCUUUACUUCCUCAAGGUCGUCGACCCUACCCAACCCGCACCAACGAAACGCGAGCUUAAGAUCAUGAAAGAUAUCGAGAAGGCCGACUUACACAAGGAGAUACGUGUACCCCAAGUCCAGGGGCUGGUGUUCUUCCCAAACUCCAAUACCGACAUCAUGGGAUUCCUUCAAACACACAUCGAAGACGCCGAGCCACUGACUCACCUCCUCGACUCAGACGUUCCUCAGGCGAAACGCGAUCGUUGGGCGUCAGAGUCUGAAAGAAUGAUCAAGCUUCUGCACAAUCACAAUAUCGUAUGGGGUGACGCCAAAGCCGACAACUUCAUGGUCGACAAGGACGAUAAGCUGUGGAUCAUCGACUUUGGAGGCAGUUACACAGAAGGAUGGAUAGAUCCCGAGCUGAACGAGACGGUGGAGGGUGAUGACAUGGGAACGAGGAAGAUUGUGAACGCAUUGCACGAUCCAGACGCAAACACUUUUGACCUUGACGACACUAUAGCCGCUGAGGAGAACAAUGUUAAACGCAAGCACUGUGAGACAGAAGAGGAAGAGGGGCAUGCUGAUAAGAAAGCAAGAGUUGAAUGA